AUGGCUCAACUUGGUUCUCUCUCUGCCGAAACGGAGACACUGAACCAUGUCUUGAGGCUGAUGGAGGCCUUUCGGGCUUUUGACUCAGACAAUGAUGGAUCAAUAACUGCUGCAGAGCUUGGUGGAAUCAUGGGAUCGCUCGGGUACAAUCCAAGUGAACAAGAUGUGACGACAAUGAUGCAGAAAGGAGACACUAACAAGGACGGACUGCUGAGCAUCUCAGAGUUCUUGGACAUGAACACAAAGGAGUUGGAACUGGGGAGCCUAGCAACUUGUCUUAGAGGGGCUUUAGAAACUUUGGAUCUCGAAGGGGAUGAGGUUGUGACGGGAGAGGAGCUCUACCAAGUUGUGGGGACUACGGCAGCUCAAUUGUCGCCAGAGGAUUGUCAAGCAAUUAUUGCUUCUAUGGAUGGGGAUGGGGAUGGAUCUAUAAGCUUUGAGGACUUCGAACUUAUUAUUAAUUCGCUAUAG